AUGGCUAAGAGUCGGCUAAGUUUAGAGAUUAGGUUUUUAUUUCCGCUUGCCGAAGAAAUCGUGAGAGAGAUUGUGGCGAAGAAAGUCGAAGCAAACCCUAGCUUGGCUCCCAAGUUACUAAGGGUUCAUUACCAUGACUGCUUUGUUAGGGGGUGCGACGCGUCGCUCCUUUUAGAUUCAGUUGCUGGAAAAACCGCGUCCGAGAAGGAAGCCAGGCCUAAUCUCUCACUUUCCGGAUUUGAAAUCAUCGAUGAGAUAAAGUCUCGUCUCGAGAAACAAUGCCCUAGAACCGUCUCAUGCGCUUACAUUCUCACCUUAGCCGCCAGAGACGCCGUCUCCUACCAAUUUGGACGGCCACUAUGGAAUGUCUUUACCGGACGUGUUGACGGAAGAGUUUCAUUGGCGACGGAGGCCGCCAGAGACUUACCGUCUGCCGGGGCAAACUUCACCUCUCUACAAAAACUCUUUGCCGAGAGUGAUUUGGACGUCAUUGACCUCGUCGCUUUAUCAGGAGCACACACAAUAGGAACAGCACGUUGCGGUGUGUUCAGUCGAAGGCUCUUAAACUUCACCGGAAAAGAGGACACAGAUCCUUCCCUGAACCCUAGCUACGCCUCCUUACUCAAAUCCCAGUGCUCCGACAAAUCUCAAAGACUCAACUCUUCUGCAGUGGUCGGAAUGGACCCUACCGGAUCUCUCACCUUUGAUGCCGGUUACUUUGUCUCUCUCCUCCAACACAAAGGACUCUUCACCUCCGACGCGGCCUUGUUGACUGAUCCCUCCGCUACUUCCAUUGCUAGUGUUUUCCGAGACUCCAACACUUUUCUUGCUCAGUUUGGUCAGUCUAUGAUCAAGAUGAGUUCCAUCAAAGUCCUUAUACUUGGAGAUGAAGGUGGCGAGAUCCGCAGAAACUGUAGAGUCGUCAACUAG